AUGUCGUCGAGUCUACCUACGCAAAUGAUCAUCUUCCCGGUCAAACCGGACGCCACAGUCGAGAACCCGUCAACAAAAGACGGGCAAAUCUGGAGCCAAGUGCUCGACAUUUUGGAAGGAUGGAACGGAUUUCGUCGACUGUACUGGGGUCGACAUGUUGAAGAACCAGAAAAGACUCAGGUCCACAUCGUGAGGGACUCUAUGCAUCAACACUUUACAUUUCUCUCGUCCGCCCAGUGGGUCAAUCUGGGCAUGGUCAUCGCGCCCAUCUGCACCAGCAGCCCCGAGUCAUUUUUUGUGCGGCAUGCGCAUAUCGAGAACUUUACUCCCAAUCCAGCGGCCCUGGGCAAGGGUGCCCCGUUCACUGGAACAGCAAUCUAUCUCACCUCCACCCCGAAGGACUGGGGAAAGGCCUGGGCUUUGUGGACGACGAUUGUCUCCCGCGUGGAGGGCUGCAUGGGCGUCACGGGCGGGUGGAUGGUUGAGCCUGUCGAAGGCUAUGAAACGUGCUAUACCGUCUGGGUGGGAUGGGAGAGCUUGGAGGUCCAUGACAAGUAUCACCAUGACAAGGAUUUCUGGAAGAAGAGGAUCGUGCUGCAGUUGCACAACGACGGGUGGAGAGAGUAUGGUCAUGUCGCAUUCAAGUACUCGAGAACUCGGCCAGAGGCAAAUCUGUGA